CCAUUCCUCCCUCAUCACACCCCCACCAUGCCACUCAUAGUCCUAACGGGCUACCCCUGCUCGGGCCUAACCUACCGCGCCAACCAACUCGCCGCACAACUCGAAGCAACACAGAACGAGCUCUACGCCUCAGGCGUGUUCCCCGAGAGCAAGCCGCGGUUCAAGGUACACGUCGUUCCGACACACGACCCAUCGCACCCGCGGACGGUCUACGAUCAUGCGCGCACAGAGAAGGAGUCGCGCGGGGUGGCGUACGCGCGGGCGAAGCGCGCACUCGGGAAGGACAGUUUCGUGAUUCUGGAUGGGAUGAAUUACAUCAAGGGGUACCGGUAUCAGCUGUGGUGUGAGGCGAAGGCAUUGAAGACGAGUUCGUGUGUGGUGCACGUCGGUACGCCGAUCGAUCAAUGCGUUGCGAAUAACGAGGCGCGGAUUCGGCGCGAUGAGGCGAGGGAUACUGGUGCAUCAGGUCAAGCUCAGCGCAUAGAAGGAGACGGAGAAGGAGAAGUUCAAGCUCCGCCCACCGAAGCAGAGGCACCCAGCGGGGAACCCGCGACCACCGACAAAGAAGACCCUUACCCGCGCGACCUCCUCAACAACCUCAUCUUCCGGUACGAGGAACCCAGCAUGCACAGCCGCUGGGACAAGCCGCUAUUCACGGUCCCGUGGGAGGACGCGACGCCGCCCAUCGCGGCGAUCUGGACCGCAUUAACGGGGGUGCCGCACCCGUCCCAGCACCCGGAUACACCCUCCGAAGAACAAAGCGCAAGCACCCUCCUCAACCUAACGACCUCCUCACUGAACAAUACGCACCUCUCACCCUCCGACACCGCCAGCCUCGCCCCCUCGACCUUCACCUCCGCCACCACCUCUGGCACCCGCACACCCCUAGGCCGCCCCCGCAUCAAACCGCACCAAGCCACCGCCCUCCCAGCCAGCACCUCGUCCUCAGCACUCUACAGCCUCGAAAAACGGACCUCAGCCAUCGUCUCCGCAAUCCGCGACUUCACGCUCCGCCACCCCUCCGCCGAGGAGGCGUUAGCCUUGCCAUCUACCAGAGAGGGUGGUGAGGGAUCACAGCACCCAGGGUUCAGCAUCCCCGUGCCCGAGGCAUCGAUCGCGGUGUUCGUGCCGGCGCAUGUCGCGCGGUCCGGGCCGACGGAUGAGCUUGCGGGCGCGGGCGGGGUGCUCGCUUUGCCGAAGUUGCAGAGGUUGCGGAGGCAGUGGAUUGCGUUGAAUCGGGCGUAUGUUGCUGGGCCGCAUGCGAGUGCUAGUGGGGGUGGGUUAAAGGCGGAGGAGGUGCCGGAUGCGUUUGUGAGAUUUCUGAAUGCGGAGGUUGGUGGGGAGGAGGAUUAG